AUGUUGCACCCGUCUCCGUCCCCCACAAAAGAACAAGUAGAUUCAAUAGCUAAAAAGAACAGGCAAAUUAAUAAAACAUUAUCUGUAUUGUCGCGGCCGUGUAUGUCGUUCGUGUGUACAGUACGAUUACAGCGACAAUUGGUAGAAUUGUCGGGCUGUAAUCAACUCGGCACUUCCGGCCAAUCUGCCGCACAUACUGACAAACAUGCACGUUUCCUGCACCGAUCCCGCUAUAGUGUAAGCACAGUCUUUGUAUUUGCUAUAGGUUUAUGGAUAUAUUCUACCUUUCUAUGGAUAUAUUGUGUUCUAGGUGAAGCAAUCAAAUGUUUCGAUUGCAACAGCGCAAACAACUCCGCGUGUUUAGACAUACAUCUGCAUAAGAUGAAAGAGGUCAUACCGAUAGUGGACUGCGCGAAGUCACUCCCACACUUCAUCAGCAAACAAUUUUUCUGUAGAAAAAUGACACAAACUCUUCUUCAUCCAGAUAAAACUCCCGAAGUCAGGGUGUACCGCAGCUGUGGAUGGGUAAAGCAUAAAAGAGAAUGUUACACCAACGACAAUAAAGACCAUCUAGAAACAGUUUGUCAAUGUUUCGGAGACAUGUGCAAUGCGGCAGCAACGUUACAAGUAAAUAAAAUGACAACUCUAAUUGUGUCUGCCGCCAUUUUGUAUUUAUUGCAUAGUUGGCGGGAAAAAGUUUAA